GCUGUAAUGAAAUAUGUAAUGUUGAAUUUAGAAUGCAGGCUACGUAUUUUAAUGCUGAUGUUUUUAUCUGUAAGAUAUUGGAGAUGUACAAAGUCGCUUAUUUGACCACAGACCUUUUGUACAAGGAGAAAUCAAGUUACUAUUAAAGGAGUUUGAGGGAAAGCGUAAAGAAAGAGAAGUUCAACAGAUGUUUGAAAUGAUAGAAAUGGUUACUGAUAUUAAAGAAACUCAAAUUGAAAAAGCUGUUAAAUUAGGUGAUAUGCAUUUAUGUAACUUGGCUGCGAACUUUGAAGUUGCAUUAAGAAUGUGUAAUAAUAUAAUUGAAAGAGAAGAAACUGAUAAAAAGAAACAGUUUUUGGAACAAAGAAGAGCACUCAGAAAAAAAGAAUGGAUAGCUUUUGUAGAUGACAUUCAAAACAAAAAUACUGCUGUAAACCAGACCUUUGCUGACAAAGAACAACAGCUCAAAACUUAUUAUAAUAAAUUAGAAGAAGCAAUGCACAUAUCACCCACACAUUCUGAACACAGCUCUUAAAAUAAAAAAUAGUAGUGUUUAAGUACCUGCUUUCAUUUUAUCCAGAUAUUUUAUGUGGAUUUGAAUCUCAUUUUGUACAAUGUUAUUUAUUUUAAGUACCACCAAACUUUAAUGUAUAUCUACUUAUUUUUGUAUUAUAUAAAAAUAAAAUGUUGAAAUAGAUUA